AUGCAGCGUCGACAUCAUCGACCAGGCCUCUCAACGGACUGGGACCUCGAGGAUGACCUCGAGCUGUCUCUGACCGUGGGCGACCACCUCGCACCGGGGGAUCACCGCGGUACGACCCCGCAAGCGCUCGAUGACGAAGAAGCGGUCCGGACAGGAGACGUGUGGGUCGGCGACGAGGACGAUGAGGAGGUGCCGCGCGUGAGAGGCCUGCUCAUUGCACCAGCAGAUGGCAUGAGCUUGGCACAACAAGAGAGGAUACGACGGAUACUGCUUGCGCUGGCCUGCCUGCUUGCCAUUGGUUCGGUGAGUCGGUAGUAGGUUCCCCGUACGGGCUGGGGUACUAUGUGGUGCACCAUGCGAUGGCUAAGCUGGAAUAUCGCUCGUACUGCCAUAGCAUUAUGGUGCAUAUCUACUCGGUCCAUUGAAGCACUCGUUCAAAACGUCCGAAGGCAACUUUUCGUGUAAGUCGCGCCCCACGUUGCACCUCAGGCUGCAUGGUGUCAUGCACUCUGGGGCUGCUGCGAUGGGGGGGUGGGCCGUCGCGCAACAUUCCGUUACUGACUCCGCGGGCGCACUUGAUACCACGCUCAAAGCCCUCAUCUCGUCGUUUGAGCUGUCAAACACAAUAACGCCUCUCAUCUCAGGAUUGCUGGUCCCAAAGUAAGUCAAAUACAAACCGAUUUUUGCCCGCAAAGUGGACUGCUUCGGACUCUACGACUGUGCUGACUGGAAAAUCCCGAUUGGAUUGCCACGACAGAUUUGGAGCUGCCAGGGUAAGGCUUUCCUGAUGUGUUUCUCAUGACAGGCACCGAAGCCGAGCUUGAUAUAAAUUGAUCCGUAUACACCAGGUGGGGCUCUUUUCGACCGCCAUCGUACUGUGUGGCCUUCUGCUCGUUGUCUACGGUCAGCUCGAUGACAGGGAGGGCGGUGGGGUACGUUCCGUCGGCACCAUGGUCAGUCACAACACCAGAAGUGCUAUGAACAAUCAUUUUGGCGCACUAAUACGCUGGCCCGGAUGCGUUUGUAGAUUUCAGGCCUUUUCAUUUUCGGCCUCGGCCUUGCUCCUAUUGCCGUUGUUCAGGAGUCAAUCAUCCUGCGCCAUAACACCUCGAACUCAACCACUAUGGCGAGAACCGUCGCCAUCGGCCUCUUGUUGGGCAAAUUUGUACGCUGCAGUGUCUACAUAUCUAGUCAUAAGUCGAAGUACGUCAAUUAAUCUCGCGCGUGGUAUUCACAGUCGGCAUUUCUGGCUUCAAUCACGGCGCAGCCACUAUCAACAAUUUCACCUCGGCUUCCUUUCAUCAUCGCCACCUUCCUCGCCAUGUUCUCUUUCUUGUGCUGUCUGCUCUACAGCAUGGUGGAGCGAACGCUUCCCGCCGCCGAUCCGCGCGAACAGCUUAAAGACGAUCAUGGCCGAUGGGUACCCCUAUCCGAGUCAACCCUUUUUGGCGACUUGUUCUGGUUCUACAUCGCGGUCUGCUUCCUUGCUGGGGGAUGGUAUUCCACCAUUCAUCUCUCGACAUCGCUCUUGAUGUCCAUAUAUCAAAUCACGGAGUCCCAGGCCGCGUCCUCCGCCUCUCAAAUAUUGUUUGCGAGCACACUGGUGAGGCCCUCUGAUCUGGCCGAACAAAUUCAGGCAUCGUACUCACUGGAGAACCUUAUUUCUCAAAACUUAUAGCUGUACCCCGUCAUCGGGUGGGCCUUGGAUCGCCGUCCGAGCAUCCUCGCAAGACUGUACAUGGCUGUGCCCCUUUCCAUCUCCGCAACCUACAUCAUUCUGCUUAGCGUCAGUACUCGUCUCUCCGGUUUCUCCACCGGAAAAGCCCACGCAUGCUCAACAUAUUUCAAAUUCUCACACAUGUAGUUCACUUCCGUCGUACCCCACUACCUCGCGCUGACACCGUCGGCUAUCGGGAUAGGAGGUGGUCCCUUGCUGCUGGUUGUUGUUGUUCCCCGUAUCGUCGAGCGACAGUGCGUCAUCUUCUCCAUGCUUGUCCGGUCCCACUGAUCCUGAUUGAUUGCUCAUGUCCCGUUCCACAGCCAAACUUCGACAGCCUUAGGCCUACAUAAAUCGCUCGAAAUGGCCGGGGCCGUCAUUUCGCAGACCAUCACCGCCGCAAUCCUCUCAACCCCUCAUUCGGCAUUCGAAUCCCCCAAAGUGACGGGUGCGGAUAAGGAUCGAGCGAGUGCGCUCUUCGCCGUGAGCUUGCUUUUGCUGUUCUGCGAGCUCCAGCUCGGGGUAAUUAUUUGGUGGUGGACUUCGCUCGCUCGAUUCGAGCGCGAUCGAUCUGACGACGAUCAUCGGGGGAUGGAGUAUGGACUCGUACCGACCGUCGAGGAAAAUCUCCCUUCCGUGGACACAGAUCGCAUCAACUCCGAGAACGAGCUGCAUCCAGAGCUGGAAGAUCACGUAGCUCCGUCGUUAUUGCCGCCCAUCUCGUGUCACAGUGAGGGUGUAAGAAAGGGAAGUGCCAGCGCUGCGGAAACUCGGAGGGGGGUAUGGGCCUUGAGGAUCAGUCUACUGGUGGUCGCCAUCUCAUGGGUAGCUUUCGGUGGGAACCUCGUCUGGGGGUGA